AUAAAUGUCAUCACUCCAAUCUCUGUAUUUCUCUUCGGCUAAACCCUUCCUCAUAAACCCUAGAACCCCUGCAUUAUGGAGACUCCUCACCACAUCUAAUCCCACUCCGCCUGAGAAUGCCGACUUGGAUGACUUCCGGGAACCUUUUACCGGCCGGCCGGACAAUUUUUCCGGCCGCAAAAUUGAAGACACGGUGGCGUUGGAUCCCGGAAAAUUGAGAGUCGAUUCUUCGAUUUCGUCUCGGAUUCCAGACCUAGAGCAUCUAAUAAGCAGAAGUUCCACUGCACCACCAUCUCAAGUAAGGCAGAUCCAUGCCCAACUACUCAGAACAGGUCUCUGUCAAGUUCCUUAUUACAGAACCAAGCUACUGUCUCUCUAUGCCAACCACCGCUGCUUUUCUGAUGCCAAAAACAUUCUCUCGUUCGAACCCGAUAUUAUCUCAUUCACUACCCUUAUUAAUGCAUCUUCCAAGUUUAACGAUUUUGAGAACAUUCUCAGUGUAUUUUCUCAAAUGCUCAAACAGGGGCUUUUCCCGGAUGCACAUGUUUUGCCGAGUGUGAUCAAGGCUUGUGCCGGACUACUGGCUGUUAAAAUCGGAAAGCAAGUUCAUGGGUUUUCUUUGGCAUCUGGUAUAUCCUUGGAUUCUUUUGUUCAGUCUUCUUUGGUUCAUUUUUAUGUGAAAUGUGAUGAAUUAGUUGACGCUCACAAGCUGUUUGAUAAUAUGGUUGAGAGAGAUGUUGUUUCUUGGAGCGCAUUGGCUGCUGGUUAUGCAAGGAAAGGGGAUGCAGUUAAUGCGAGGAAAGUUUUCAACGAGGUUAAAAAUCUUGGGUUUCAACCGAAUACUGUGUCUUGGAACGGUAUGAUUGCAGGGUUUAAUCGAAGUGGGUGUUUUCUCGAUGCAGUUUUGAUGUUUCAGCAGAUGCACAAACAUGGUUUUAAAUCAGAUGGGACUAGCAUUUCUAGUGUUCUUCCUGCAAUAGGUGACUUGGGGUAUUUAAGUUCAGGCACCCAAGUUCAUGGGUAUGUGAUCAAGAACGGUUUUGCUGUUGACAAGUGUAUUGUAAGUGCACUCAUUGAUAUGUACGGAAAAUGCGGAUAUGCCUUAGAGAUGUCACAAGUGCUUGAAGAUAUGGGUCAGGUGGAAGUUGGGGCUUGCAAUGCACUAAUUACAGGACUCGCUCGACAUGGUCUUGUUGACAAGGCGCUGGGGGUGUUUAAAGAACUUCAGGGUCAACAAAUGGAACUGAAUGUUGUUUCAUGGACUUCGGUUAUCGCGUGUUGCUCACAGCAUGGUAAAGAUAUCGAGGCUUUGGAGCUUUUUAGAGAAAUGCAGGCUUCUGGUGUGAAACCGAACGCUGUCACCAUCCCUUGCUUGCUUCCAGCUUGCGGAAAUAUUGCAGCGCUUAUGCAUGGAAAGGCUGCACACUGCUUCUCUCUUAGAAGGGGCAUUUCUGGCGAUGUUUAUGUAGGCAGUGCACUGAUAGAUAUGUACGCUAAUUGUGGAAAAAUCCAAUUAGCUCGAUGCUGUUUUGACAGGAUGUCUGUUCGUAAUUUGGUUUGCUGGAACGCAAUGUUGGGCGGAUAUGCGAUGCAUGGAAAAGCAAAGGAAGCUAUUGAAUUUUUUCUCUUGAUGCAGAGGAGUGGACAGAAACCCGACUCUGUUAGUCUCACUAGUCUCUUAUCUGCAUGUAGCCAAAGUGGGCUUACGGAAGAAGGGCAUCGUUACUUUGACAGAAUGACCACGGAUCAUGGUAUUAAACCUAGAGUCGAGCAUUAUGCUUGUGUUGUGAGUCUGCUCGGUCGUGCAGGAAAGCUUGAAGAAGCUUAUUCCAUGAUCGAGAAAAUGCCGUUUGAGCCUGACGCUUGCGUCUGGGGUGCAUUGUUAAGUUCCUGUAGAGUUCACCAUAACAUGAGCUUGGGUGGGGUUGCUGCUCGUAAAUUGUUCGAACUAGAACCAAAGAAUCCCGGAAACUACAUUCUGCUGUCUAAUAUUUAUGCGUCGAAAGGAAGAUAUAAAGAAGUUGAUAAAAUCAGAGAUAUCAUGGGAGACAAGGGACUGAGGAAGAAUCCCGGCUGCAGUUGGAUUGAGGUGAAAAACAAAGUACAUAUGCUUUUGGCUGGAGAUAAAUCGCUUCCUCAAAUGGCUCAAAUUAUGGAGAAGUUAAAUAGAUUGAGCAUUGAAAUGAAGAAAGCAGGUUACUCGCCGAAUACCGACUAUGUGCUACAAGAUGUAGAGGAACAGGAGAAGGAGCACAUCUUAUGUGGGCACAGUGAGAAGUUGGCUGUAGUUUUCGGUAUUCUGAAUAUGAGUCCAGGGUCUCCUCUGAGAGUCACGAAGAACCUAAGAAUUUGCGGAGAUUGCCACGCUGUAAUUAAAUUUAUUUCCAGGUUCGAGAGGAGAGAAAUUUUCGUCAGAGACACAAAUCGCUACCAUCACUUCAAAGAUGGUGACUGCUCGUGUGGGGAUUAUUGGUGAUUUGAGUUCUCUAGGAUAAAAGAACCUCCACCAUUGCACUCUGGAAUUUCAUUUGAACUUCGAAUGAAUGGGAAGCAGACACAUCAAGGGAGUUUAUUUCCCUAACUCUUGGGCUUGGACUAGUAUCUUGGGAUUCCGCUAGUAGGAGAUGAUGUGUACGGAGGAAGCAAGAACAUGGGUUUAUCACUGCUUCAGUGAAAGAACCCGUGUAGUUAUCACGAGCAAUUUCAGCAACUUGUUGCUGGAUUAGAACGGGCUUUUGCCUCUUAAUGCUUUUGAGUAUCGGGUAAGCUUAAUCUAUCUCGUACCUUCUGUUCAUUACUAAUAAUAGAUGUUAGCAAUGUGUAAUAAGCUUCUUGUUGUUGACUUAUUGUUGUCUUUCUCAGAUACCACGUAUUGAUUUUGCUGAGAUCCUCCUAUAUUUGCUUCGGAACAUUGAAGGCAACAAUUUUCAACAAAUCACAGCCUUCUUUGGCCGUACUAAUCUGAAUUAAAGUGUAUUGAAGAAAGAGAGACAAGUGCUCGUUGGUCGAUUCGAUAAUCAGUACUAAGUUUGCAUUUCUCUCCGUUAAUAUUCUUGUAUCGUAUGAAGAAAGAGACGUUGAGGUAAAGAAAAUGCGAGACUCUCUUGCCUAAGCUUGCUAGAGAUUGGAUUGCAACUGCAGCCUCGACGCCCUGUCUUUGUUCUGUAACCAGCUCGAUUUUAUUUUACAUACAGCAAAUAUAACUAUCUUUUUUAUGAGUAAUGAUUUGUGGGUGAAGGUAGACGUACCCGCAGGACAGGUCGGAGCCCAGCCCGUAAAUGUCUCGGCAACUGACCAACCCGACCCGGACCCAUAUACCAAUACCAACGGGUCGAACCGGCCGACCCGUGCAAUAAAAAAAAAUGAUUUAUUUUAAAAAAUGUUGACUAACGGCCAGUUCGACUCUGACUCGACGGCUUGACCUGCCUGAGUCAAAUAACUUUGUUUUUUGAACGAUCGAAACCAUCGACGGUUUGAAAUUGACAGUCUUAAUAAAAAUUGACGGGCACGGCCCGCUCGAUCUAAGCAGCACCACCUAUGCAUGUGGAUACAUGUAAAACGGAUAUAUACAAAUACACACGCGUAUAGUAGAAUAUAAUCGGUGAAGUUCACCGAGUGUACCGUAGAAAAACCCCCCAAGCAAAACCAAACAACACAUAGUUGAUGCAAUGAUGAGUGGGAAGAAUUCAACUCAGGUUAAUGAUGAGGGCGUAGAAGUCAACCCAUAAUCAGAACCAAUUUCAAAUUCAUCAUAUUUAUCACUCCCACCAUCCAAACUCAGCAUAGGAUCCCCCAAUCACCCACCAUUUUUCAGACACAAAUUCCUAUGGUUUUUCAAAGUUGGUUAUAAUUAGCAGAAUUGAUCAGUUAGUAUUUAGAGAGAUGUAAUGCCCACAUAUUUUCUGUUCAGUUCUCAUCUUUAUAGAGUCACUCAAACCUUAAAGAUGACAAGAGUGCAGAUUUUAUUGUAUCUUCUCUUAGUAUGUCUCUCACUUCGACACCACUGCGCUAUUAGCUCCGCCUUUCAAGAAACUAAAUCAGUCAGUUUCAAGACCAGCACUGCUGCAUAUAACUCGAGAAACAACAAUCAGAUAAUUCCUAGAAACACGAGGGAGGCAAAUGAGAAGAAGGUCGUUCGUAAGAGACCAUCUGAACCGAGCCCAGUUGGAAAUAGUAGUCCACCAACCAGGGCCUGAUUAAAAUAAAUGCAGAAGUAAUUUCUUGUACAACUCUUAAGUAUGUCUUGUUAGUUGUUGGAGGUUAGAAACAAUAAAUCGAUCUUACGAUCAGAGUACUUGUAUUUUAGUUUGAACUGUUAGAUGAUUCGAUUGAUCUUAUUUUCCAAA